AUUACAGCAAAAGCAGCGGUCAUUUUUGUUACACUUCAGUACAAUGUUACCAUUCCUGCCACAGAAGAACAAUCUGCAGAAACAAUCUCUCUCUAUUACUAUGGCAUCAAAGACUUGGCUACAAUUUUCUUUUACAUGCUUGUAGCAAUAAUCAUACAUGCUAUAAUUCAGGAGUAUGUGCUGGAUAAAAUCAACAGGAAAAUGCACUUUUCAAAAACAAAGCAUAGCAAGUUCAAUGAGUCUGGGCAACUUAGUGCAUUCUACCUUUUCUCCUGUGUUUGGGGAACAAGUAUUCUUGUCUCUGAGAACUAUAUAUCAGAUCCGACCUCUCUGUGGAGGGACUAUCCGCACACUCUGAUUCCGUUUCAAAUGAAGUUUUUCUACAUCUUACAGUUGGCAUACUGGUUUCAUGCUUUUCCAGAACUGUACUUUCAGAAAACUAAAAAAGAAGAUAUCUUUCGCCAGAUUGUGUACAUUGGACUUUACCUCUUUCAUAUUGCUGGAGCCUAUCUUCUGAAUCUGACCCAUCUUGGACUUGUUCUUCUGGUAUUGCAUUACUUCGUUGAAUUUCUUUUCCACAUAUCCCGUCUUUUCUACUUCAGUGAUGAAAAAUACCAGAAAGGAUUUUCACUGUGGGCAGUUCUUUUUGUUUUGGGAAGGCUUCUCACCUUGAUCCUCUCAGUCCUCACUUUUGGCUUUGGAUUGGCAAGAGCAGAAGAUCAGCAGCUGAAUUUCAGUACUGGGAACUUUAAUAUUCUGGCUGUUAGAAUCAGUGUGCUGGCCUCCAUCUGCAUGACUCAAGCAUUUAUGAUGUGGAAGUUCAUUAAUUUCCAGCUUCGGAGGUGGAGAGAGCAUUCUUCUUCUCAGCCUCAGUCAGUGAAAAAGAAGUUUGUAUCAGCUAAAGGAAAGACCUCCAGAAAAGAAAGAGAAAAUGGAAUAAAUGGAACAGUGACCUCAAACGGAGCAGACUCGCCUCGCAGCAGGAAGGAUAAAUCCUCGUAAAACUGGGUUUUAUUAAGUUAAUUGACUAAUGUCCCCAAAGAAUCUGCUUUUUACAUGGAUGGCCCUUCAGCACUAGAGAUAUUAUGGAUUAAAGAAAAUACAAUUCAUGUUUUUUGAUUAUUGCUGUUGUUUUGAGAAACUUUUUUUAAAAAACCAUUUUGACUAAGGGAAAAGGUUUAUCUCUCUUCAAAUACUUGGGGGGAGGAUUCAACAAUUUUUAAAAAACAUUGACGCUUUUUUAAAUAUUUACUGCGAUGAAAUAACUUACUUAAUGAGGAUCACUGUUGCAGUGUAUUAAUUCCUUCCAGUUUUUGUAAUCUUGGUGAUACGGUUCUACCAACUUCACUUUUUCCAAGUUCCUCAAGAAGUAUUGCAAAAUAGAAGUAAAAACAUAGUAUACAUUUUCAGAUACUCUGGGUUUUCAGUUAAUUACCUUGACUCAAAUUUACAUCUCAAUUUGGGAUUCCAAGACCACACCAAUAGACCUCUUUAUUUGGUAGUUACUAGCUGCACAAUGUCUGCUCUAAGAAUUGCCCCAUGUCAUUAAAACAAAACUGAACUAAU